AUGAAUCAGAUACUCUUGCUUUUAGGACGAGACUUGCUGCCUGCACACCACAUUCUUGAACAGAGACUAGGGCCUAUUCAUGCACCAUUUGCACAAAGACUUCGGCUAGGCUGGGUCAUAAUUGGCGAUGUGUGUCUAGGUACAAGCCACAAACCAGAUGAAAUAUCUGUUAUGAAAACUUUCACAUUGAAGGAUGGACGAACGACACUGUUUCAACCCUGCAUGAGUAACAUGCAUGUUGCAAAUGAUCACAUCUUUGAGAAAAGAAAGGAUGAUGAUACUCCAGGUCUUUCAUAUGAAGACAAGCAAUUUUUAGAAAUUAUGGACAAGAAAAUGUACAAAGGGCCAGAUUUAAUGAACUCACUCCUAGGAAUUCUUCUGCGAUUUAGACAAGGCCCUGUGGCGAUAACAGCUGAUAUAGAGCAAAUGUUCUAUCGCUUCUCUGUUUCCGAUGACCAUCGUAACUACCUUAGGUUCAUGUGGUACAAGGACAAUGAACCAAGUCAGGAGAUGAUAGAGUACCGUAUGACAAGACAUGUGUUCGGCAACAGUCCUUCGCCUGCAGUGGCAACAUUUGGACUCCGUAAAUGUGUAUCUACAGCAGAUGAAGAUGUGAAAAGCUUUGUUCUCAACAACUUUUACGUUGACGAUGCUUUAAUGUCUGUAGACACCUGUGAAGAAGCCAUUAGUAUACUCUCUCGUACUCAGACUAUCUUGAAGGAGGAAGGAAACAUUCGGUUGCACAAAGUAUCAUCAAAUUCUCUUAGUGUGAUCAAGUCCUUCCCUACGGAAGACCUUGCCAAGGAGGUCAUCGACUUUAAUCUAGACUUAAGUGAGGCAUCCUUACAUAGCAGCUUAGGAGUAAGUUGGGACGUAUUCAAAGACUAUUUCACUUUUCGAGUAUAUUGCAAUGACAGACCAUUCACAAAAAGGGGUCUAUUAGCUACUAUCAACAGUUUAUACGACCCUAUUGGGUUUGUGUCACCAGUGACUAUCGGAGGGAAGUUCAUUCUCCAAGAUGUUAUGUCUACAGUAACCGACUGGGAUGAACCACUUUCUCAGGAGUUCUCUACACGUUGGAGGGACUGGAAGGAAUCGCUAAUAAACCUUGAAUCAGUCGUCAUACCUAGAUGUUACGCUAAUCUUGCGUCCAAUCAGGUCACCCGCAGAGAACUACAUGUAUUCUCCGAUGCAUCUUCUAGGGCUAUAGGUGCAGUAGCUUACCUCAGGAUUUUUGACGUUAAUGGAGACCAUCACAUAAGUUUUGUACAUGGCAAGUCCAGAGUAGCGCCCACACAUGGUCAUACCAUUCCGCGCUUAGAAUUAUGUGCGGCAGUACUUGCAUGCAAUAUCAAGAAUACUGUUACUCAGCAUUUGUCAUUUGACCUUGACUCCACGACUAUGUACACAGACAGUAAAAUUGUGUUGGGAUAUAUAAAUAACGAACGUCGUCGUUUUUAUGUCUACGUCAGUAAUCGUGUGGAUAUGAUCCGUCAGUCAACAUCUCCAAACCAAUGGACUUAUAUAUCAUCAGAAGAAAAUCCAGCCGAUAUUGCCACACGAUCUAUUGCUGCAAUCGACAUUACCCAAUGUGCUUGGAUCCAAGGACCUACGUUUUUACAUGACAUCAGUUCAGCUGUGACAUCUGCCAUAGACUAUCAGUUGAUUGAGCCAAGUUCUGAUAUCGAAGUCAGACCCUUGAUAAACGCUUCUAAAACCACUUGUGCUUCACAAAACACUCUAGGUGUUCACCGCUUUGAAAGAUUUUCCGAUCCCUAUGCACUUCUUCGUGCAAUUGCUCAUUUGAAACGAUUGGUUAAGUAUUUCUCAAAUUCACUUGAACAAUCCAAACCAUUUGGAUCAACACUUAAAAGCCAUGAACUGUUAGAAGCAGAGAUAUUUGUGUUGAAAGAAGUUCAAUGGUCAUGUUUUUCUAAGGAAAUUAGUGCUCUCAAGGAGGGGAGGAAUAUCCCAAAGUCAAGUGCUAUUCUUCCACUUACCCCAAUUCUAGAUGACAAUGGUAUAUUGCGCGUGGGAGGACAUUUAAAACGUUAUAAAGCAGCAGAUGCAUUAGACUUUCAUCCAGUCAUAAUUCCAAGAAAGCACCACAUUGGAGAGCUUAUCAUUCGUCAUUGUCACGAAGGUGUUCAAUACCAAGGACGUCACCUCACGGAAGAAAACUCAGAGGAAGAUUUGGUGAACAAGUUAUGCCAGAUUUACCAGAGGAGAGAAUUACGCCUUCACCACCAUUCACUUUCGUGGGUGUGGACACUUUUGGCCCAUGGACUGUUGUUGUCAGACGUUCUAGGGGUGGUCAGCUCAAUCCGAAGAGAUGGGGGAAUAAUAUUCACCUGCCUUGUGUGCCGUGCUAUACACAUUGAAGUGGUAGAAGAACUUAGUAGCUCUUCAUUUAUAAACGCAGCUAGAAGGUUUAUAGCAAUUAGAGGCCCAGUUCGACAAUUUCGAUCAGAUCGAGGGACCAACUUUGUUGGAGCUGCUCAAGAAAUGGGAAUAGAUUCUAUUUUUGUAGAGGACCCUUCUGUGAGAACAUUUUUAAACCAAAACCGUGUGACAUGGGUUUUUAACCCUCCCCAUGCUUCACAUUUUGGAGGAGGAUGGGAAAGAAUGAUCGGGACGACCAGAAGAAUUUUGGAUGCAAUGUUAUUGCGCACCAACUCCAAAGGAAUCACUCAUGAGAUACUUACUACGUUCAUGGCAGAAGUAUGUUCCAUCAUUAAUUCAAGGCCCAUAAUUCCUGUUUCGUCAGAUUCUGAGGAUUCCGCCGUACUGACACCCAACAUUCUGCUCACACAGAAGAUAGAUUCUCUUCCUAAUGACCUACCUGAACUUGAACUGAAGAUGCGUAUCGCGCCCAAUGGAAACAUGUUGUUUAUCUUGCACAGGAGUUCUGGAAAAAGUGGCGUGAGCAAUAUCUUUCUGGACUUCAAGUCAAACGCAAAUGGACAUCUGUUGAAAGCGACCUUCAAGAAGGGGAUGUAG